CGAUUAUUUUUUUAGCAAACCGAAAAUUAAAACUUUACAUCCUUGAAGUUACAUCAUUUCUCCAAUCAAAUGGUUUGUACUCCAUGCCUUAUUUUUCUUUUGGAUGCUCUUAACCAUGGACCUUAGCUAAAAAUUCAUUUCCUUUUUUAGUAUCAUUUUAGGUUGACACAACCAAUAUAUAUUGGACAAAUAUGUUAUUCAUUUCUAUUCAAUUUCUAAACUGUAUUUGAUUACAUUGCUACUUGUAUUGGAAAUUAUUUAUUUAUUCAUUCACAUUUUUUCAGUUUGGUAAACAGCAAUUAUAUGCGACAGGGCAGACACUAAGGAUGAGAUAUAAUGGUUUCUUAAAUGUCAAUUAUUUUCCCAAUGACAACAUAAUACGCUCUAAUAGGUACGACCGAGAUUUUAUGAGCGCUGCUUGUCUCUUGGCUGGUCUUUACCCUCCAGCUGGUUACCAGCUUUGGAAUCCAGCUAUUUUAUGGCAGCCGAUACCAAUCUGGGAAGAACUAUUUGAUGUAGCUGAGUUGGCAGAAAAAGCUGGGCAGUGCCCUACAUAUGCUGCCGAGCAGAAAAAAGCAAUAACAGAACUUAAUCGUCACAGUGGAAGGUACAAAAAACUUUUCAGUUACUUAUCGAAACAUAUGGGAAAGAAGAUUACGCACAUAACGAGCAUUAUAGAUGUAUGGGAUGUUCUACAAUUACAGAUGGAAAAUGGUUAUAAACUACCACAAUGGACCAAGUCUGUAUUUCCUGAAAAAAUCGCUCGCCUUUACGCUAUUUCUUUCAAUACAGUUGUAUCUGGUACUCCAGAAAUGAUCAGACUUACAGCAGGUCCAGUCAUGAAAAUGGUUAACCAGCAAUUGGUUAAGAAAGCUAGUGGAAAAAUGAAGCCUGAUAGACUUUUAUUUAUUGAAGCAGCUCAUGAUACAACUCUUCAAGCUCUUCUGUCUUCUCUUGGCUACGAAGAUCCUUUCCCGAUUGAAACCUCUGCAUUUAUGGUUUUCGAACUUCAUGAAUCAACUGAAGGUCAUACAGUGCAGGUUUUGUACUACAAUAGCAGUGCUCACAUAAUACCUAAUGUUUUGGAUCCUCCAAAUUGCCGUAAGCCUUGCUCUUUAACUGCAUUCUCAAAAUUUGUGAACAGCAUAGCUCCUUCCAACUGGGAAGCUGAAUGCAACAACUCUACUUCUGAUUCUGACCAGUGAAUAUUAAUUUAAGAUAUGAAACCUGAAGAGUGAUAUCAGGUUUAUUCAUGCAAAAUAACAUGUUAUCAUCAUGCAAUUCUCGCAGUUCGACUUCUUUCGUGACACUUAUGUUUGGAUAAUUUAAAAAUUAUAACUUUAAAGAAAGAAGGAUUUUUUGAUCUGUGUUUUUUUUUAGUCUAAUAGUUAAGGGUUACUAACUUAAAAGUAAUUAAACUUCUGAUGAUAAUUUUGAGUUGUGCCCUUUUUACUGUGGAUUAAAAAAAAAAGACUUUUUAUUAUAUAUUAAUUUUUUUUAAUUAGUGAUUAGUUGGAAGUAGCAAUUACAUGUAUUUUUAAGGAUGUAUUAGAUAGUUAUUUUUAUUUUGUAUGAAACUGCUUCCUUUUUUCUAAACAAAUCUAUUACUGAGGAAACAUAAAUAUAUAAUAGAUCUGAUAAGAUUAAAUGAAAAAUAAUUAUAUUAAUUGUAAUUACUAAAUAUUUAUCUUAUAUUUGUAGAAGACUAGACAAUAAUGGUUUCAUCUAAAAAAAAUGUGAAU